AUGGCAACGAUCCUUGUUACGGGCGCCAAUCGGGGCAUUGGCUUCGCCAUCGUGCAGGCUAUCGGUAAUCGGCUGCCAGAUAGCACCGUUCUUCUUGGCUGUCGCACAUUUAAAGCUGGGAAUGAUGCUAUUGAGCAACUCAAGUCAAGCGGAGUUUCGGCCAACCUUCAAGCACUCGCACUCGAUAUUGAGGACGAUUCUUCCAUCGCGGCAGCCGCAGACGUUGUGCGUGAACGGUUUGGUCACCUUGACGGGUAUGGCCAAAUGCUGAUCGCAAAAGUUCUAAUCAAUAAUGCCAUCAAAAUUGAGCUCUCCUCCUCGACGAAUGCAGAAGAGCGGCGCCAGGCCUCGAACAGGAGCUUCAACAACGGAAUCACAUCAAACACUCAGGUUACCCGUGAAUUCUUACCUCUCCUUGAAAAAAGCAACUGGCCUCGUGUAAUCAUGGUCUCCAGCAGUCGUGGAAGUUUUGGGAAGACGGUCAACGGAGAGCUGCCGGCCGUGGCUGUGAUCGACUACUGCGUGAUCAAGGCUGCUCUCAACAUGCUCACGGUACAUUUCCAAGCUCAAAAUAAAGGGGUCACAUUCUGGGCAAUUAGUCCCGGACAUUGCAAAACGGGCUUCAACGGCUUCAGAGGCACAAAGGAUCCACUAUUGGGAGCUGAAGUGAUUAUGAAGUUGCUCGAAUCUCAGAAGGGCGAAGUCGAAGGAGGUACCUUCUGGGAAUAUGAACAGGAUGAAUUCCGAGCUGUUCCCUGGUAG